UUGAUCCUUCCUUCAUACCUGCUACUCGGAACCGUGCUCGUGAAUUUCAGAGAGAGACAGAAGGGUUCAUUCAUCGAUUGUAGAAUAUGAACAUCGACUUAGAUUCGAUCGCUCGCAAAGUCGAGGUUGACAAUCGCAUUCCCCUCCGUUAUUACUAUCGGAUUGCCGAUAACCUCAUCAAGCAGGCAAGUAUCUACCGGGAGGAGAAUAAUAUAAUUGACUUGUAUAUCAUACUCCUUAGAUUUAUAAGUUUGAUUUCUGAAACGAUUCCAUAUCAUCGAGAUUACCAAGCUUCACUUCCUAAUGAAAGAGCAACAGCCAAGAAGAGAUCGCGAGUUGUAUUGAAUGAGCUUGAAUCUUUGAAGCCUGAAUUUAAACGCCGGUUGGAAGAAUUGAAUGGCUCACAUGUAAAAGCUCCAUUGCCUGAAGAAAAUGGCUUCAAUAAAGCCUUGCAGAGUUAUGAGAAUUCAUCUUUGGAAUGGCCAGCUGUCAAUAAGAGUUAUAAUUUGAGCAUGGAUUUUAAACAGCCUGAUGGAUUGGGUUCACACUCUUCAUGGAAAUAUAAUAAUAAUAUGUUAUCUUCAAAUACCAUGCCCAUUGACAAGCAGUUUCAGAAACUAUCUAUUAGUCUACCCCUUCCAAAGAAGGAGACUUUGUCCAGACACUCAUUCUUAGGACCAAAUGGUCUUCGGGGCCAAUGGCUUGGACCUAGUGCAGAAAUAAAGGUUCAAUAUCCAAGCAGUAGUGAUCUCACACAUGCCAAGGAUUCAAGCCUGAAUCAGGCUGGGCAAUAUGAUCUUGCGGCAGUUAAAGAUGGUGAUCAAGGACCAGUUACAUCCACAAUGGACUCAGUUCUCUCCUUGGAUGAUGGAAGAUGGUCGCUUCCUGCUGUUGAGUCCUGUUCUCCUGUUGUAACUGAAUCAAGGGAGGACCCCUUAAAGUUGCUCAACACCAAGCAACCUUUGCCUCCUCCUGUUCUUGCUCAAAUAUAUCCGGAACGUGUCCCCAUCCCUCCUUCAAAAGUUGCAGAUCCAAGGCCAGGACCAGCUAAAUCUUCUCAUGAUUCUGGACCUGGUUCCACUACAUAUCAACACUUACAUAUUCCUAUCAAAAUGAUGGAAGAUUUUUUGAGAUUGGCUUUGGCAAACACACGGAAGAACUUAGAGACAUGUGGUGUUCUUGCUGGGUCACUGAAAAACAGGGUUUUCCAUAUCACGACACUUAUAAUCCCAAAGCAGGAAUCAACUUCAGACUCGUGUCAAACAUUGAAUGAAGAAGAAAUAUUUGAAGUUCAAGACAGCUUAUCACUUUUUCCUUUAGGUUGGAUACAUACACACCCGUCACAGACUUGUUUCAUGUCAUCCGUGGAUCUGCACACGCAUUACUCAUACCAGAUCAUGUUACCAGAGGCAAUUGCAAUUGUCAUGGCACCUACAGAUACAACAAGUCCACAUGGCAUAUUUCAUCUGUCUGAUCCAGGCGGCGUGUCCAUAAUUCGUAACUGUCAGCAACGUGGAUUUCAUCCCCAUGAGGAGCCCUCGGAUGGAAGUCCAAUAUAUGAGCACUGCUCUCAUGUCUAUAUGAAUGCUAACUUGAAGUGUGAUGUUGUUGACCUUCGAGACAGAUGAUUGGUUUGGAGAGUGGGCUCUUCAAGUAUAUCUUUUCACAGAUUCUUUUGUACUACGGACUCUGAGAGGGAAUAGCAAGCGCCAUUCCCAUGAUUUUGUUUUAUACCAUUGAAACUGUGAGAAGAUAGUUGUGUAUAAAUGUAGUUUUACAUCACACGCAUGUGAAGAAAUGAGAAAUUUAACAAGAUGAAUUUGGUGUGAUUUAUAACAUUCCCAUCUGUGUUACACAGGAAAUUCAUAGUAUAUAUGUGAUAGAUAUGUCAAUGAUGGUAAUUGGCAGGACUGAAUUGUCUCUUUGGGUUUGACUCCUACGGGUUUUUUUAGGUUGAGUUGGGCUGAGAAUAGAUUUUUCCGUGUUAUUCUAACAUGAUCUUUGUG